AUGGCAGCACCGACAGGCACCGGGCUGAAUGUCAUUGCCCUGAUUUCCGGCGGGAAGGAUUCCUUAUACUCCAUCCUCCACUGCAUCAGCAACGGUCACAGAGUUGUCGCACUCGCCAACCUUUACCCAGAACCGCGACAGAACACAGGCACCCAAGAUGAAGAUGAAGACAUUGACAGCUUCAUGUACCAGACCAUCGGACACAGCGUCAUCCCUCUCUAUGAACAAGCCCUUCGCAUCCCCCUAUACCGUCAGCCCAUCUCAGGCGGCGCCGUCGACACUUCACGCAUCUAUGGACAAGAUACAACCCACGGAGACGAGACCGAAUCCCUUGUACCGCUCCUCCAGCGCAUAAAACAAGCACACCCAGAAGCCAACGCUGUCUCGGCUGGCGCGAUUCUUUCGACGUAUCAGCGCACUCGCAUUGAAAAUGUCGCAAACAGACUCAACCUCGUGCCCCUCGCUUGGCUGUGGAUGUAUCCUUUCCUGCCAGCUUCAAAUGCCAGAAAUCAAGAUCCAUUGGCGAUAAAACAAACAGGGCUAUUGGAAGAUAUGGCUGCUGUCGGGUGUGACGCUCGCAUCAUCAAGGUUGCCUCAGGUGGCUUGGACUCAGGGUUCCUGUGGGAGAAUGUAUCCGGUUCUGAGAGUGGUGGGCGCAUUAUGCGAAGACGCAUCACGAAGGCCAUGAGUCGGUUUGCGGGGGCAGAGGAUAUCCGAGGCGCGGUUCUCGGCGAAGGCGGCGAGUAUGAGACGCUUGCGCUCGAUGGGCCGGGCUUCUUGUGGAAAGCUAGAAUUGAGGUCGGAGCCAAGGAAGAAAAGACCGGUGAAGGAGGUGUUGCAUUUGUGAAGCUUCGACAAGCUCGGUGCACGAUCAAGUCUGACAGAGAUGUGGCUGAUGGUGUGACGCCAGGCGAUGUUCGUCAACCGGGGUUGCUAGACGAGGCUUUCCAGAAUGCCACGUCUUUAUUGCCUGUCUCUUGGCCUGGUGGAUCGCGGAAAAGUACCAGUACGGCUAGAUCGCCAGCGUGGUCUGGCUGUGAGCAUGUGCACCGGCUGACUGGCUCGAGCUGGACAAUAUCGAACAUAAUUGCGCCCGAGGCUGGUCCCGGGGCCGGAGAGCAGAUGAGAGGCAUUGUCCGCAAGGUGGAGCAGAUUUUGGGUGCUUUCGACCAUGCUGAGUCGGGCCCUCGCUCGACAGAGGACAUUGUUUUCGCUACUGUGUUGUUGAAUUCAAUGGCUGAUUUUGGGCCCAUGAAUGAUGUCUACGUCUCAAUGUUUAGCAAACCAAAUCCUCCAGCGAGGGCCACAGUGGCCUGUGGGGACCGCUUGCCAUCUAACGUCAAGGUCAUGAUCUCGUUUGCUGUUGACCUGGGUGCCAGAGACCGUCGUCAGGGCCUGCACGUUCAAUCCAGAUCAUACUGGGCUCCGGCAAACAUAGGGCCAUAUUCACAAGCUAUGUCAAUUCCUCUGCAAAACGCUAGCAGGCUGGUGUAUAUUGCUGGUCAGAUCCCUCUUGAUCCGGCUACGAUGACUAUGACACAAGUGGAUGAGAUUUCGUAUAAAGGCUACUUUUCUCGUGCUUUGCUAGCGCUCCAGCAUCUUUGGAGGAUUGGUGAGGCCAUGCAGGUGGACUGGUGGCUUGGCGCAGUUGCUUUCCUGACCGGCGAGGACCACGGCGAUGACAAGGCUUUGAUAGCGUGGCGCCUCUGGGAGGAGAUGCACACUUUACCCGACAAUGAAGACGACGAAGACGACGAAGGUCCACAGCUGGACGCAUGGGAUAUAAAAUACGGGCGCCGCACAGAAGAAGCGCCCGACGUCUUUGUGCCCGGCCUGCCGAAAUUCACCGCUCUUGUCGAGUCUACCACAUCCAUCCCGCCGUUCUUGGCUGUUCAGGUGGAUCAGCUUCCCCGAGGAAGUGACAUUGAAUGGCAAGGACUGGGCAGCCGGUGUGACCAGGCCAAACAAGACAUUAAAGGCGCCACAGCCUCCACCACCGUGGACGGCCAGUUCAGGUAUACUAGUAUCGAGAUCGACGCAGGUUCGUCGAUCGAUGCAUUGGAGCAGAACCUGCUAUCAGUGAUAGAGACUCACUGUCGAGAUUCAAAUCUGUCCCAGGCUAUUCUCUACGCCACACACUCGGUAUCUGAAACUUCGUGGCCAGGACAGAUUGUCCCGUGCAGAUCAGUAUGGGGGCGAGAAGGACGCAGAUUGAGUGCAGGCGUGGUUUUACAGCAUCUGAACUAG